AAGCGAGGCCAGAGUGGGCGGGACGUGAAGGACUAUGGGGAAGAAUUCGAAAUCGGAAGGCUGUCAUUCCAGGGAAGAGCAGCUGCCACUGCCCAGUCACUUGCUCAACAUGGCCCCUUACUGGUGAGAUUAGCAGUGGAUUUCAUACACUUGAGGCGGUGGUGGACAAAACAGCAUGAGAGCAAAUCAAGCACAAGAGAAAAGCGUGCCAUCAAAGGAGUCGGUAAAACAGGAUGUCUGAGGCUGCUGCCCGUGUAACACAGCCCAUGCUUGUAUGGGAAAGUGUCGUGUUUAUUACAUGUGAGGAUAAUCUACCAGAGCAUCGAGCUAUGCCGAUAAGUUCUGAGAACAAUGAUUCAAGAGUUUCUGAGAUACACUUGAACCCUGUGAAUGCUGAGAAAGAAAAACAUGACAGUCAAAACAACAUUUUUAAUGAGAUGCCUCUAGAAAUCACUUUAAAAAUUUUUAGUCAACUAGACAUUCAGAGUUUGUGCAAAGCUUCAAUGACAAGCAAAAGCUGGAAUUCCAUUAUAAGAAACUAUGACUCCUUAUGGAAACCUCACUGCUUGACUGUAAGAGCUGUGUGCCGAAGAGAAAUUGAUAACGAUCUAAAAAGUGGUUAUUCCUGGAGGGUAACACUGCAGAGGAAUUACCAGAAGAGUAAAGUGAAAAGUGAAUGGCUUAGUGGCAGAUACAGCAAUAUAUGUUCUCCCAUUAACCUUCCGGAAAAAAACAUGUGCCCAAUGGAUGCAGAAACAUGGGGGGAAAUUCUAGACGCAGAACUGGAAAGAUAAGUGAAAAAAUCACAAACAGAUCUUGUAAGAUCUUUGAGAGUUUAAGACUAAAUGACUCUGAGGUUGCAAAAGGUGUUCUCUUUAUCUGUUCACCUUUUUUUUUUAACCUUUUAAAUAUUUAUCAUAUAAAGAAAAGUGAAGUAGAAAAUAUAUAAUACUUUACUUUCAUUUUGCACUUCAGUAAAUGUAUUUUUCUAGCGUUGGGUAAUGUGAAAACUCAUGGAAUGUUAUUUAUAUAGAAAUUAAUAUACUGAUGGAGUGAUUUCAAAAUGUAUUGUUUCAUGUCUAUCACAAUACUUUAAAUAAUAGAGUUCAAUUGGUCUUUCCUGCUUAAUGAUAAUUCAAAAUCUCAGGAAACUGAAGAAAUUGACUUACUGAAAAUUCAUCAGCUAGUAGACGUAAGGAGGCUCGUGAGAAGUCUAGCUAAGUAAAAUCAAUAGCAAUAUUUCUAAAUGAAUGAUAACUUUGCAUUUCAAUAAUGUGUUAAACCUAUAGUAUGGUUCAAAAUUAAUCUGAUUUUAGGGCCAAAGCUUGUCAUAUUAAGAGACCCAUCACUUUCCUACAAACUGGGAUUGCUCUCAGGGACUGAAAACAUGUGAAAGGUUUCCAAGACUCCUAAAUACCAUCAGAACUGCCCCACUAAAUUUUUUUGGUAAAACUUUCUGGCAGCCUUAUUGCACCAUCUAGUGUACAAUUCAUAGAUACCACAACAAAGGACUUUCAAGCCCUUUUUUCCUCCAUCAUUUAAAAGAAAAAUAUAGAGAACCCUUAACACUUAAGGGUUACUAGACUUAUAACUUUCCAGGAACUUUAUUUUGACUUUUUUUUAAUAGAGACUUUU